CAAGUCACAUUUAAACCAGGGUGUAUUUUUUGUUUUUCAUAUGUAAGCCCAUUUAAAUCCUUGAAUUCACUCACUCAUUUAAAUGCACACACACUCCCAUUCCAACACAGAGAUAAAAAGAUAACUAAAGGACAACAGAGAGAAUAACAAGUUGUUCUCAAAUAUAUUUUUUAAUGUUUAUCUACACAUAUAUGUAAACCUAUAUACAUAAAAUAAAUAUUGUAUGAUGGGGAAAAAAAUAAAAAGCAGAGCAGAAUCCUGUAAUCAAUAAAAAGUCCCAGCAAGAGACGAUAAACAAGAUGAUAAAAGUGGAAAAAAGGAACACAUUAGUAAGUGUUAUAUUAACAGAUUGACAUUUUUCUAAUCAUAUUUGUGUACAAGCAGAUUGUGAUAACUUGCCAGGUUACAUCUCAUAAUCCGGAUUAUUGACUGGAAGCAUACAAGUGGGUGAGUUAACACUUUGUUUAUAUUUUCCCUGUUAAAAUCCUGAGGAAAAAAAACAUUGCAACACUCAUUGCAAACGUAAGGAUGCUCAUUAUAAAGCGUUAACAAUUUCUUUAGAGGAACCAUAGAAAUGUGACAAGCUGAUCCAAAAGCAUCCCCAGCACUCUGGACAAAGACUGUCCUCUGCUAGUGUGGAUGAAUCGCAAGCUUUGUCUGCUGUAACAGUCUAAGUUUGUGCUUCUCAGUUGGGUAAUGCUGUUGGGUCACAAUCACACAGAUCAAUCCUGCAGGCUUGAAGCAAUAGUUGAAAAAUCAGACGAAAACCUACAGAUUUAACAGGUUGGCUGUGCCAAUUUGAUAAUGCAAUUAGGUGUGUAUACGAAAGAGAUACAGACUUUUUAAUGAGGUUUUAAGAUGUUUAAAAAUAUACUCAAGAAUUGCUUCUAUAGAGUAGAUGCUUGUUUAAUAAGUUGGUAUUUUUACAGGAAAAAAAUAUAUUUAUUUAAAGCUGCACAUAUUUUAGAACAUCCUCUGUCUGUUUUUAAGGAAGGCUUAAACUUCAAUAAAAGGAAGAAAUAUUAUGAAAGAUUUCACCUACUGCAUGUUUAAGUAGAUCAACAGUUUUUCAUUACAACAAGGUCAUUCAUUUCUUGUUUGUGAGACAGCAACAUGGACACAGACGACAGAUGGACCUGUGAACAGAACAGAUUGUAUAAACAUGGAGAAAGACAGGAUGACAGACAGACAAACACACAGGUACAAUUAAAGACGGCACACUGUAAAACAGAAAUGAAAGUAGGAAGACAAGCUGCCGUGCUGAGAGAUGGCUGAACUGCAGCCAGAGAUCCCAGCAGAGCGAAUGAGAGUGAAAGUCUGGACGCCAAAGAACAAGAAGGAGGAGGCCAUGUCAUGAGAGAGUGGGUGAGCGAGAGACUGAAAGACUGAAACACAGUUCAGGCAGUUGGAUGAGGAAGUAGUGAUGGUGAGUACAUGGGUGUGGUGGCUUAGCAGUUAGCCCAUCAGCCUUUCAGAAGUGACAUACAGAGGAAAAAGCACUGGAUAAUGAGGCCCUGGAUGAAUCUCUGGACUCGGGCACCUCACAGGAUGGAUACUAAGAUGUAUUUGACUUCCUUGACCUUCUUCCUGCUUGUCAUGUCAAAAGUGUCAAGGGCUCAGACUCCCACAACCGUGGAUCAAAUGCAGUCUGUGAGCAACAUGGCAAACUCAACAAUGCCCGCUGCUCCGACUCCCACUGGAAGAAGAACGGAAAGCAGAGUCACCAGAGGUGCUGACUCCCCCCCGGAAAGUCUCCCUGCUGAACAAACCACAAGCAAACCCAUUAGCACCAGCAACCCUGUCUAUGUCAAUAACACCACAUCAGAAAUUAAGAAUUCAACAGCUCCCAAUAAGGGAACAACAAAACCACAAACAAAGCGCACCCCCCCUCCAGGAUCUACACGGACAUCCUCCCCAUCCAGUACUACUAGAUCCACCAUAGUUGCCUGGGAUGAAGCUUGGGGCAAAGAUUUCACCUAUGAUUAUGAGUCCCUGCGUUAUGCUGGACUGACCAUUGCAGCAGUACUUUUCAUUGUGGGCAUCAUGGUUGUUGGCUGUGGCAAGGUCUGUCGGCUGCAUAGCUGUCGCAAGAAGUCAUCUAAAACAUAUCGAGUGGUCCAAGGAUAAGAAGAGAGAGAUCAUGCAGACAUUGAUAAAAGUACAGAGCUGCAAGAAACCAACCAGGUGUUCAUCAAGGGAAAAACAAUCAACUACAACCUGGCAGCAUGUGUGUGAAUCUGGACUGACUGACUGUAUGCUGCUUGGUAACAGUGUCAUAUACUGUAGAAAAACACUGAAUAAACAUAGAAAACGUGAA